UCCAUUUUCCGUACAUAUUAUCUUUCAAGAGCUCCAAGCAGCAUGAAUUGCAUGUUCUUUAUUAUUAUUAUUUUUGAGAAAUCUGUGUUGAAUCAUGUAAACUGGAUUCGAUCCAGAUCUAGAAAAUAGCUUCCACCCACAGUAUUGACCUCGCUCAUCCGAUUCAGAUCCGGUUAAUCACUCGAAACCCGCACAGCUUGACUUCGGGAUUUCCCCUGCUCUGAAACUCGAGUUGACCCGAACAAUAAGCUGUCUUGCCCAAUAUUUCAACCCCACAGACCUGAAUUCAAUUCCAAGCAACCUAUCUCUUCCAUUAUAAGCCACGCGAACUCAGAACACCCACUCGUCGAGCUCGCAUUCAUGGAUACCACCAAGAUAAUCAUACCACCAGCAAUCCUCUUCUUCUUCUUCUUCCUCCUCCUCCAUUUCAGCACCGCCCAAUCCUUCCCCUCCAAGUCCUCCGGCGACAUCGAAUGGUGGUGCCGUACAAUGCCUCACCCAGAGCCAUGCCGCUACUACCUUUCCCACCCCAGCGCUCCUCCCCACGUCAUCAACCGCUCCGAUUUCUACAAAAUAUCCGUCAAAGUAGCGCUCGAUCUCUCCAUCCACGCGCAAGGCCGCAUGAAGCAACUAGGCGCGCGCUGCAAUGGCGAGGCCGAGAAGACCGCAUGGCUGGAUUGCUGGAAACUGUUUGGCAAUACGGUACUACAGCUUAACCGCACCCUGUCUCCCGCCGGCGACACCUGCACCGCCAUGGACGCACAGACAUGGCUGAGCGCUGCGCUCACCAACCUCUACACAUGCAACAAGGGCUUCACCGAGCUGAAAGCCAACUCGUCAUUUAUGCAACCCGUCUUGCGCUACAAUGUUUCUGAUCUCAUCAGUAACUGCCUCGCCAUCAACAACGCGAGCUUAAAUGCCACUGUGGCAGGGCCAAGCUGGGUGUGGGCUGGCCGGCGGAGGCUGAUGCAGGCGUCUGGUCGGACGGAUUUCGUAGUGGCGCAGGAUGGGUCGGGUAAUUUUAGGACCAUUAAAGAAGCACUUGAUGCGGCGGCGGCUCUGAGGCGGAGCCGUAGCAGUGGGAGGAUAGUGAUACGUGUUAAGGCUGGGGUUUAUGCUGAGAAUCUACAAAUACUGAGCAGUCUUCAUGAUUUGACAAUUGCUGGAGAUGGCAAAGGGAAGACUAUCAUCACCGGUAGACGAAGCGUUUCGCUUGGCUACACCACCUUUAGCUCUCCAACCGUCAGUGUAUUUGGCGACGGGUUCGUGGGGACGGACAUCACAAUCCGCAACACCUACGGGGCGGGCUCGCAGGCCGUCGCCCUGCUUUCCGGUUCCGACCAGUCGGUUUUCUACAGAUGCAGCAUCGAAGGAUACCAAGACACACUCUGCGUCUACACACAGCGCCAAUUCUACCGCGAAUGCGACAUCUACGGCACAAUCGACUUCAUCUUCGGCAACGCGGCGGUCGUCAUCCAAAACAGCAUUAUCUUUGCCCGAACUCCGCAAAAGGGAGAAGCCAACGUGAUCACAGCCCAAGGCCGCACCGACCAGAACCAGAACACAGGUAUCGUGAUCCAGUCCUCCACCAUUCAAGCCGCGGCGGACUUCAAACCCGUUCAUCGGACGGUGAAGUCGUACCUCGGCCGCCCGUGGCAGCUCUACUCGCGCACGGUCUAUCUAGAGAAUUUCAUGGACAGCAUAAUUGAUCCUGCCGGAUGGUUGCCGUUCAACGGAAACUUUGCCCUCGAUACGUUAUAUUAUGCCGAGUUCCAGAACACUGGGCCCGGAGCCAGAGUUUUAAGGCUGCGUGUGAAAUGGAAGGGGUUUCAUAUCAUUCGCAAGCCGUCUCAAGUGAGGCAGUUCACGGUCGGAAAUUUCAUCGACGGCGGCACUUGGUUGCCGGCGACGGGAGUGCCAUUUGCUUCCGGGCUUUAAGCCGGGGAAAUAUUUGUAAAAUUUUUGGGUCAGGUUUUUCUGAUCACCGAAGC